AGCGCCGGCGGCCGUUCAGACCGGAAGCGGUUGCGGCUGACGUCAGUUCCGGCGGGUGACGGUGCGGACGGGUCAGGAGCGUAGAGGCGGCGGCAAAAUGGCGGCGCCUGAGGAGCGGGAUCUAACCCAGGAGCAAACAGAGAAACUGCUGCAGUUUCAGGAUCUGACUGGUAUAGAAUCUAUGGAUCAAUGUCGCCAUACCUUGGAACAGCAUAACUGGAACAUAGAGGCUGCUGUACAGGACAGACUGAAUGAGCAAGAGGGUGUACCCAGUGUUUUCAACCCACCUCCAUCCCGACCCCUGCAGGUUAAUACAGCUGACCACAGGAUAUACAGCUAUGUUGUCUCAAGACCACAACCAAGGGGACUGCUUGGAUGGGGUUAUUACUUGAUAAUGCUUCCAUUCCGAUUUACCUAUUACACGAUACUUGAUAUAUUUAGGUUUGCUCUUCGUUUUAUACGGCCUGACCCUCGCAGCCGGGUCACUGACCCCGUUGGGGACAUUGUUUCAUUUAUGCACUCUUUUGAAGAGAAAUAUGGGAGGGCACACCCUGUCUUCUACCAGGGAACGUACAGCCAGGCGCUUAAUGAUGCCAAGCGGGAGCUUCGCUUUCUUUUGGUUUAUCUUCAUGGAGAUGAUCACCAGGACUCUGAUGAGUUCUGUCGCAACACACUCUGUGCCCCUGAAGUUAUUUCCCUCAUAAAUACGAGAAUGCUCUUCUGGGCAUGCUCUACAAACAAACCUGAGGGAUACAGGGUCUCACAGGCUUUACGAGAGAACACCUAUCCAUUCCUGGCCAUGAUUAUGCUGAAGGACCGAAGGAUGACUGUGGUGGGACGCCUAGAAGGCCUCAUUCAACCAGAUGACCUGAUUAACCAACUGACAUUUAUUAUGGAUGCGAACCAGACUUACCUGGUGUCAGAACGCCUAGAAAGGGAAGAAAGAAACCAGACCCAGGUGCUAAGACAACAGCAGGAUGAGGCCUACUUGGCCUCUCUCAGGGCUGACCAAGAGAAAGAAAGAAAGAAAAGGGAGGAACGAGAGAGGAAGCGACAAAAAGAAGAAGAGGUGCAGCAGCAAAAGCUGGCAGAGGAGAGACGGCGGCAGAAUUUACAAGAGGAAAAGGAAAGGAAGUUGGAGUGCCUUCCUCCUGAGCCUUCUCCAGAUGACCCUGAAAGUGUCAAGAUCAUUUUCAAAUUACCCAAUGAUUCUCGAGUAGAGAGACGAUUCCACUUUUCACAGUCUCUAACGGUAAUCCACGACUUCUUAUUCUCCUUGAAGGAAAGCCCUGAAAAGUUUCAGAUCGAAGCCAAUUUUCCCAGGCGGGUGCUGCCUUGUGUCCCCUCAGCGGAGUGGCCCAACCCCCCUACGCUGCAGGAGGCCGGACUCAGCCACACAGAAGUUCUCUUUGUUCAGGACCUAACAGACGAAUGACACUUUCUUCCUCUCCCUUCCCACCCCUAUCCCUGAAAGAAACGGAUAAAACAAAAAAACAGAAAACACACACAAAAAAAGAGAGAGAUUCAUAUUAUUAUUAUUAUAAUACAAUAUUUUUUUUAAAAAGACUGCUGCAUCCUACGGAAGGAUGAGAAACCGUGCUGCCUGCGAGAGUCAGAACCUGUGUGUGCGCGAGGGGAGCAGUGGCCGGGCCACCCGACAAGCCCACCCUUCCCUCCGGCCCCUGACCGCGGACCUGCCGGCGAGCGAGACUCGGCACCUCCAACCUUGGGGAAGGGGACUUCCCACUAGUUCUUACCAUUCUUGCUUUUAUGGAAAACUAAAGUGAAAAGCCUCCCUCAGCCUGCUCGCUGCUGCGUCUCCUGAGGACUCGUGGCUAUGACAUCUGGAGGAGAGGGAAGAGAAAGCACAGAGAGAUGUUCCUGGAACUGCCCAGUUUAUGAAGAAGUUUCAUUGUGUCUGUUGCUUUGUAAUGACCAAAGGAAUGAGGCUGACAGAGGUGUGGUUUUGUUUGUUUGGUUUUUUUUUUUCCCUUUCUUUAACUUUAUUUGAUGAGAGCCAAUUCUUAAACUCAUGAGUUCCUGCCCCGGGCUGCUUCCUAGCCCGUAGUAGUAUAAUAAAGGUGCCCCGGGCCGGCUUCGCUUCUUUCUGCCAUUUGUCCCUCUCAUGUUCCGAGAGGUCUUUCUUUUUGGUCCAACUCUUGCUGUCCUCUUGCCACCUCUGCAUCCUUACUUGGAGCAGUGGGAAGAGAUCUGGGUUUGUAGCCUCACAAAGGCUGCAUAUGUCCAGAAACGUGUGUGUGUGUGUGUGUGUGUGUGUGUAUGUGCGCGCGCGCCGUGAACCCCCAUUCUCACACACACACCACUGCAGGUUUUCCUUGGCAUCUGUCCCAGGUGGUUGUCGGGGGCUGACCCUGAGGAUAGCUCUCCAUUCCACUUCUGACCCGUGCAUGCUGUUCCUCCCAGCCCAGAGCCUUCCUGAACUGCCAAGCGCGAUGCAGAACCAGCUGACAGUGCCCUGCCUCAGUGGAACUGGGGUGGUGGGCUCGGAGGCAGCCAAGCUCCUCUCCUCUGAACUGUUGGAAGGCACAUUUCGCUUUCUGAUGGAGCCAUCUGCUGGAAGCAGUUUGAUCCUCUCCCUCUACUGCUACAUUGAAGUAACCGUGGUGUUUGUUUCUGUUUUUGUUUUUUUAUCCUUGGUGUCUCCUCUGUGGUUGAGUUUAUGGUUGUGGACUUAUGGGCCAGGCCAUGUGUUAGCAGUAGCCAGUGUGCACUGACAAGUAUUCCAAAGUGUUCUCUAGCCAGCAUACGGCAGUGUGCUGCAGUUAUGGCGGUUCCUCCCGCUCUCUGAGGGCAGGGCCCCUAGGUCAAAAUAAAGCCUAACUUGCUGCAUGGUA